UUGGUGGAGGAAGGGGAAGAAAGCAUUCAGGCUAGCUGUUUGCCAAGACAGUUCUUCUAGGGCACAUAUUUGCUUCAACAGGAAGUAUUAUCAACCCACAGCUCAAGAUCGAAUUCCCCCACUGCUGAGGCUUCAUGUUUCGGUACCAUGAGGGGCAGGUAUUUUGCAUUUCAUUCAGGACUUUGUGUCCUGCUAUUAUCACUGGGAACUAUUGCCCAGAAGAGGAGAGCUGCCUGUGCUCGAUGCCCACGGAAUGCCCACUGUACCAAUGCCACUUCCUGCCGCUGUGAUCCUGGAUUCACUUCUCUGUCUGGAAAGGUCAUCUUUAGCAACCCCUCGGAGAUCUGUACAGAUAUCAACGAGUGUGGCCCACCUCUAUAUGUGUCUUGUGGAAGCCUUGCACAUUGUCACAAUGUUGAGGGGAGUCACUACUGUGAAUGUGCCUCUGGGCAUGAGCUCCUUUCAGGGGGCACCAAAUUCCAAAGUGAGAAGGAGAACACUUGUCAAGAUGUGGACGAGUGCAGCUCUGGAAAACACCAAUGCCACAACUCUACCCACUGCAUCAAUGUGAAGGGCAGCUAUAGAUGCUACUGUCACCAUGACUGGGUGGCCAGGUCCAAGCCUCUGCGUGGCCUGAAUCUCACCAUCUGUGAAGAGGUCCCCUUCUCCUCAUGGACAUCACCUUCCGGAGUCAGCAGCCAGAGUCUCUCCCACUUCUUUGACAAAGUCCAGCAGUUAUCCCAAGAUUUCAAGCCAGCCUUGGCCAAGAACACCAUCCAGGACCUUAUGCAGGAAGUAGGUGAGCUGCUGGAGAUCCCAGGGGACCUGAAGAUCCUGACCCCCUCAGAGCAGCACUGUGUGGCGACAAACCUGCUCAUUGGCCUGGAGGACAUCCUAAGAGUGCUAAGCAAGUUCCUGCCCAAUGGGCCAUUGACUGUGCAUGCUCCUGCAGGCACGGAACUGUCCCUGAAGGUGCAAGAGCAAGGAAUCGGGGAUGUCACCUUGGGCCAGAGCGAUGCAAAGAUGCAGCUGAACUGGGAUGUGGUGCAGGAAUCCAGUGACUUUGGUCCUUCUGUGGUGGGCCUCAUCUCCAUGCCAGGGAUGGGCAGGUUGCUGGCUGAGGCCCCCCUUGUCCUGGACCCUGAGAAGCAGGCAGUCCUGCAUGGAGCACACAAGGGCGUGCUGCAAGGAGUCUCCCCUGUCCUGCUCUCAGACAUCAUCUCCGCCUUUAUGAGCAACAGGCACACCCAAAACCUCAGCUCCCCUGUCACCUUCAUCUUCUCUCACCAUUCAGUGACCCCUGGACCAAGGGAGGAGGUGUUCUGUGUCUUCUGGAAACAUGGUCAGAAUGGAUAUGGUCACUGGUCCACCACGGGCUGCAGGAUAGUGUCCACCAGAGACACCAGCACCACCUGCCAGUGCACCCACCUCAGCAGCUUUGCCGUCCUCAUGGCCCACUACGACGUGCAGGAGGAGGAUCCCUUGCUGGCUGCGAUCACCUAUGUGGGGCUGGGCCUCUCAUGCUGGCUCCACACAGACAAAGGAUUCAUAUGGACCUUCCUUGGCCCCGUCUGCACCAUCUUCUCCAUUAAUUUGGCUUUCUUCCUGAUGACCUUCUGGAUUGUGAAAAACAAGCUCUCGUCACUCGACAGAGAUGUGUCCACCCUCCAGAACACAAGGAUGCUGACAUUUAAAGCCACAGCUCAGCUGCUCAUCUUGGGCUGCACGUGGUGUCUGGGCAUCCUGCAGGUGGGUCCAGCUGCCCAUGUCAUGGCUUACCUCUUCACCAUCGUCAACAGCCUGCAGGGCGUCUUCCUCUUCCUGGUGUACUGCCUCCUCAGCCAGCAGGUCCGGGAACAAUACAAGAAAUGGUUCAAAGGGGUCAGGAAAACCAAAGCCGAGUCUGAGAAGUACACUCUCUCAAGCGGGACCAUGUCUGAUGCCUCAAAACACAGUGAGGCUCAUUCUUCCAAUUCCUCACAUCUCCCACAUGCAGAAUUCCUACUUCCCAGCUUCACAGAAUCCCCAGCACCCAAGCCUUGGAGUACUGAUCAUGUUUCUGGAUUCCUGGCCACCCAAUACUGAAAUUCCAAUUGCACGUACUGCAGAGCCACAGUCUCCGAUCUCCAGGCCCCUGAAUUCUGCUUACCCUCAAGUCUGAGCAAGUACCAAAAAAGUGGAACAUGCCCUCCCCAUCAGCGUCUCCUGGGAAUUGGCUGACCACAGCAAGACCCUCUUUUUGUCACAACACACUGAUAAUUUCCCCUUAUUUGUCCAGCUUCCCCUCCAAAGAUGCUGCUUAUUUCUGUUUGCUUCCUCCUUUACCCUAUAAAAUAAAAAUAUCUUUCUGUAGGAUUUUGAAAUG